GCGGGGCCCGCGCGACGCCGUUACCGCCCGGGAAGGAGGAGGCGGCGCCGCCAUCAUGAGCUACGGUUAUGGAGACUGGAAUUCGGGCACGAGCAGAGGUUACGAGGGCUACAAUUACGGCUAUGGAUACGGGCAGGAUAACCCGGGGGGGUACGGAUACGGAGCAGCUGCCGGCAAUUCCUGGGAAAUGGGAAACUCCGACGCCGACGCGGCGCCCGACAGCGGCGACGGCCUCGGGAAGAUGAACCAGCGGCUGGACGUGGGAGCCCACCCAGAUUCUGAGGGGAUGCCGGGGGGACGCUACGGAGCCGUCGGGGACAGGUACGACCCCUACGAGUCCUACGACUCCAGGUCCUCCCUGAACGAGCGCGACCUGUAUCGGCCGUCGGGCUACGACUACAACGACUACAACGACUACAACGAUUACAACGACUACAACGACUACAAUGACUACAAUGACUACAAUGACUACAAUGACUACAAUGAUUACAAUGAUUAUAACGAUUAUAACGAUUACAACGACUACAACGACUACAACGACUACCACGAGUACACAGAGUCGGAGCAGGACAACGACGGCGCCUACGAGGGCCCCUUCGAUCCCUUUCCCGGGGCGCGGCGGGAUCCGUUCCCGGGCCGGGCGCGGGACGGCUUCGGGCAGCGCGGGCAGGGCUGGGGCCGGGACGGGCGGCCCUCGGGGCCCUUCCCCGGGCGCGGGGCCUGGCACGAGCCCCGCGGGCCCAAACGCCUGCCCUCCCUCUUCUCCCACAACAUCCUGCCCCCCGAGCCCGGAGCCUUCCCCGGGAACGGAGCCAGGGGGUUCCCCGGGAACGGCCGCUACGGAGGAGGGAUGGUCAGGCAGAGGGUGAAGAGGAACUGGAAAAUGUGGGAUUGGGAUUUUAAGCUGCAGAGGAAGAAGCUCCGGCGGGAUCCGAUGGGCAGGAAGCGGAAGCAGCCGAGCAGCUCCGAGGAACCCGACGGAAAAGCCGCCAAGACCGACGGAUCCGACAAUUCCGACUCGGACAACGAGGAGGGCACGGAAGGAGAGUCGGGAGACAAGGAGGAGAAGGAGGGAUCCAGAGGGGAAGGGGAGGAUGAGGAAGGAAGAGACUCCGAGAAAGGAGCUCUGAGCAUCCAGGAGGAAAUCAGCCAAAUCAGGCAGAAACUCCAGGCCGGGAAAAAAAACCAGGAUCGGCAAAAGAAACGGCACCGGGAUCGGAUGGUGGAGAGGAUCCAGUUCGUGUGUUCCCUGUGCAAGUACCGGACGUUCUACGAGGACGAGAUGAGCUCCCACCUGGAGAGCAAAUUCCACAGGGAACAUUUCAAGUUUGUGGGAACGAAGCUGCCCCAGCAGACGGCAGAAUUCCUGCAGGUCAGUCUGGCCUGUCAAUCCCGGGCUGUUCCCGGUCAAUCCCGGGCUGUUCCCAGUUAAUCCCAGGCCAUUCCCAGUUAAUCCCGGUGUGCUCCCGUUGCAGAGGUGGGCAUGGAGCACUUCCUGAAGAAGGUGGAGGCCGCUCACUGCGCCGCCUGCGACCUGUUCCUGCCCAUGCAGUUCGGAACCAUCCAGAAACACCUCAAAUCCCUGGAUCACAACCACAACCGCAGGGCCAUGCUGGAGCAAUCCAAGAAAUCCUCUCUGGUGGUUGCCCGGAGCAUCCUCAACAACAAACUCAUCAGCAAGAAGCUGGAGCGGUACCUCAAGGGCGAGAAUCCCUUCACGGAUGAUCCGGAGGAGAAGGAGGAGCACGAGGAAGGGGAAGGAGGAGGAGGAGCCGGCGGGAAUCCGGAGGAAGGAGCGGCCGAAGGAGCCGAGGAGGAAAACAAGGACGAGGAGGAGGAAAACCCGGAGGAGGAGGAGGAAAACCCCGAGGAGGAAAACCCCGAGGAGGAGGAGGAACACAAGGAGCCGGAGGAGAAUCCCAAAAAAGAGGGGGAGGCAGAGGAGAAUCCCAAAAAAGAGGGGACAGAGACAGAGCGGGAGCGCCGGGCACAGACAGAAUCCCCGAAUCCAGAGGGAGAUCCAGAGGGAGCUCUCCCAGGAGAGGGGGAGCAGCAGCAAGAGCAGGAGGAGGAGGAGGAGGAGGGAAGCGAGGAAGGCCCCGAGGCCGUGGAAUGAACCCGAUCCCGGGGGAAGGACCCGAGUUGUGUGUGUUGGUUGUUCCGGAUCCCGCCGUGUCCAUGAAUGUUUCCCGUCCUGGUCCCGCCGCUCCCGCGGAGCCGGGGGAGCCUCUUCCCUGCAAAGUGAUAUUUUUGUUCCGUUUUGGGGGUUUUUUUGGGGGGACUAGAGGAUUUUUUUUACGGAAUCUCCACGUUUUAGUCGCUAGUUUCGUGCGGUCUCUGUUCUUAGGUGGCUUUGUAGGAGAUUUUUCCUUUUGGAGCAUGUGUGGGAGCCGGAGCUGCUCCGGAGCCUCUUCCCCCGGGAACGGGAGCGUGUCCGUGUGGAGCCAGGCAGCACUUCGGUUCCAGGGGGUUUCCUCCAGGCCCUCCGUGGCUUCCCGUGACUGUGACGGCCCCAUUCCCGAUGUUUUCCCGGCCCUUUUCCCAGGAGCGAAGCGUUCGGUGCUGUUGACGUCGUGUUUGUUUGUAAAACGGUUUCAUUUUCCAGGUCGAUGUGUCGGUGGGUGGAGAUAAAAAAAGGACUUAUCCCGAGUUUA